ACGUGUAGGUCAAGGUCAUCUAUUUCGGGGAUUUGUCUGGUGAAAUUAUUCCAAUAUUUUCGCUUUUAAACACCAAAGUGACGAAUUCCUGUGCUUCCCCCUUGAACGGAAAUUAGAGCAAAUACAAACAAGGUAGUAAGAAACGAUGAACGGGAACGGGAAUGGAGAGAGUAUCGAAGUUAAUGGUACCACAGAAGGGAUGGAGAAGGUUGCAAUUUUGGAUGCUGGUGCUCAGUACGGAAAGGUGAUUGACAGGAAAGUUAGAGAACUCAAGAUUGACACAGAGAUCCUCGCUUUGGACACUCCUGCAUUUACUCUCAAAGAAAAUGGUUUCAGUGCAAUUAUCAUAUCUGGUGGCCCUAACUCUGUAUAUGCUGAUGAUGCUCCAAGAUAUGACCCUGAUAUAUUCCGCUGUGGCCUGCCUGUACUUGGGAUCUGCUAUGGGAUGCAGUUGAUGAAUCAUGAGUUCAAUGGAAAAGUAGAACAAAAGAGACAGAGAGAAGAUGGCCAGUUUGACAUAACAGUAGAUCCUACAUGUCUACUCUACAGGGGUCUAUCAAAAGAACAAGUUGUACUACUGACACAUGGAGAUAGCAUAGAUAAAGUAGCUGAUGGCUUCAAGACUGUUGCAAUGUCUGGCAAAACAAUUGCAGGAAUUGCUAAUGAGAGCGCUCAGUUAUAUGGAGUACAGUUCCACCCAGAGGUUGAUCUCACACAGAAUGGCAUGGCAAUGAUGAAAAACUUCCUUUUUGAGAUUUGCCAUUUCACUGGUAGCUACACAAUGUCCUCUCGAGAGGCUGUCUGUAUUGAUUAUAUUAAGAAGACAGUAAAAGACAGUAAAGUAUUGAUGUUGGUUAGUGGAGGUGUGGAUUCCACUGUGUGUGCUUCACUAUUACACAAAGCCCUUACCCCAGAACAGGUCAUAGCUGUACAUAUAGACAAUGGUUUUAUGAGGAAACACGAAAGCAAACAUGUCCAACAGUCCCUAGAGAAUAUAGGACUCAAACUAAGAGUUGUAAAUGCUUCCCAUGACUUCUACACUGGAACCACCUCAAUCCCUAUAGACAAAUCAGAUCCAGUUAGUCGGAAAAGAAAAACAAAAAUGCUCAAUUGUACGUCUUGUCCGGAAGAAAAGCGAAACAUCAUAGGAGAUACUUUUAUGAAGGUUGCAAAUGAAGUUGUAGAGGAAUUGAAUCUAAAAAUAGAAGAUGUCUACCUGGGUCAAGGAACCUUACGGCCAGACCUCAUUGAGAGUGCUAGCGAGUUGGCCAGUAACAAAGCAGAUGCCAUAAAGACACAUCACAAUGACACAGAUCUUGUUAGAGAAUUAAGAAAAAGAGGACGAGUUGUUGAACCCCUUAAAGAUUUCCACAAAGAUGAAGUUCGGCAGAUUGGUCGAGAUUUAGGUCUACCGAGUGAGCUCGUGGAAAGACAUCCAUUCCCAGGACCAGGACUAGCUAUCAGGGUGAUAUGUGCCUCAGAACCAUAUAGGGAAAAAGAUUUUGCAGAAACUAAAAUCAUAUUAAAAAUUAUAGUGGACUUUUCAAAUUCAAUAAAAAAGCCUCAUGCACUGCUCACCCGUGUAAAGGAAUGCACCACUGAGGAAGAGCAAGCAGAAUUAAUGCGCAUUAGUUCAGCUAACAGCUACAUCUCAACACUUCUUCCCAUCAAAACAGUGGGUGUACAGGGCGAUUGUCGCACAUACAGUUAUGUGGUAGCAUUGUCAUCAGAUAGUGAGCCCUGUUGGAAGGAUCUAUUGUCACUUGCCAAAAUCAUACCCAGAAUUUGUCAUAAUAUUAACAGAGUUGUCUACACCUUUGGAAAUCCCAUAAUGCAUCCUGUCAAUGACAUCACCCCAACCUUCCUGACAACAGGUGUCCUCGGGACGCUACGCCAGGUUGAUCAUGUCGUCAACAAACAACUCAUGGAUGCAAGAGAGACUCUGAAAAUCAGCCAGAUGCCUGUAAUUAUGAUUCCCAUCCAUUUUGAUCGCGAUUCUGUCGCACAUCAACCCUCGUCUCAAUGGUCAAUUGUGAUAAGGACAUUUAUGACAGCUGAUUUUAUGACUGGGAUAGCAGCUGAACCAGGGAAACAUUUAACAGAAGAGGUUGUGUUCAAAAUGGCAGAUGAGGUAAUGAAGAUUCCAGGAAUAUCUCGAGUGCUUUAUGACCUCACUUCCAAACCACCUGGGACCACUGAGUGGGAAUAACACUAACUGCUUCUAAUGAAAUAUCUCCAGUAGUCAGUUGUAGUCGACCAAUUAUGAAUGCCAUACCCCGAGUGGACUGACUGUAUUUUAUUGAUAUUAAUAUGUAGUUUCCACUAAACAUUUUUGACACGCCUAAAAUUUGAUAACAUCAGAAGAUGUUGGUUUUACAAAAGCAAAAGUGAUGGUGAAGUAAUUUUCAGAUUGUGAGACACAUUGACGAUUUUUCAGAUUGCGAGACACAUUGAAGAUUUUCAGAUUGUGAGACACAUUGAAGAUUUUCAGAUUGUGAGACACAUUAAAUAUUGUAAGAUGGUUCUAGGGACAUUGUACUGGAACACCAACUCUCAACUUUUUUGCGCAAUCUCAACUUUAUCAGUCAAAAUAUGGAGUCAGAAAAUUCUAAACUUU